AUGAACUCGAAGUGGCUCCCCCUAGUGUGUUGUGUUGUCGUUUUACAACACUACGCGACACUUGUUAUCGUGAACGUCUCCCAACUGCUGCUGCUGCUGCUGCGGGGUUUCACAUCUCACGUGUCUUCGAUAUUUUUUGCGUGGCAGGGUCACAACCAACACAAGCGGGCGUCUCACAGCGCAUAUAACAUCAAUGAAAUGCUCCUGUUUAGAUACUGUCGAUGUCUUACUCAAUUUGGUCCCGUUUUGCCUCGAAGACCCCAAGCGUCUACCGCUGCAGCUUGGUGUGCGAUUCGCCUAGUGGGUGGCAGCAGCAGCAGCAGCAACAACAAGGACCAGAGAUGGGAGCACCCAAGACACAGUCCAAGCUGGAGACAAGCCUUAGCGGGUCUUCUGGCUGGGACAGGAGCUGUGCUGGUUUACGGCCUCCACCAUCACAAGGCGCAACAGACCGACGCCGUUAACGUUCUGGUCAAAGCAAAGCCUGCCCAACUUCCCAUCUUCAGCCAAGAGGAGGUCACCAAGCACCGCAGUCUGCAAGAUGGCGUGUGGGUCACUUACAAAGGCGCCGUCUACGACAUCACCGCGUUCGUCACAAUGCACCCCGGCGGGGACAAAAUUCUUCUGGCGGCAGGCGGGGCCCUCGAACCUUUUUGGGCUCUCUAUGCGGUGCACAACCAGGAGCACGUGCUGGACAUCCUCUCUGAAUAUAAGGUUGGCGAGUUGCGAGCAGAGGAUCAGAAGAAGCAGCAGAGUGUGGCGUCAUCCGAUCCGUACUCGUCUGACCCCGAGCGACAUCCCGUGCUGCAGGUCAACAGCCUGAAGCCCUUCAACGCAGAGCCGCCUCCCGAAAUCCUCUCGGACAGCUACGUCACGCCCUCCGCCAUCUUCUUCAAGAGGAACCACCUGCCCGUUCCUUGGGUGGACCCGUCGUCAUAUGAGCUGCAGGUGGACGGCCUCCCCGGAGGAGCUCUCAAGCUCUCCUUGGAGGACUUAAAGAGCCGCUUCCCUAAGCACACGGUCACGGCUACGCUGCAGUGCGCGGGCAACCGGCGCUCCGAGAUGAACGCGAUCAAGCAGGUGAAGGGACUGAACUGGGGCAUCGCCGCCAUCAGCAACGCCAAGUGGGCCGGUGCUCGCCUCCGGGACGUGCUGCUGGAGGCCGGCUACAGUCCGGACGUGGCGCGGUGGGCUCGCCACGUACAGUUCGAGGGGCUGGACAAAGACGUGACGGGGACAACCUACGGCGCAUCUAUCCCUCUCAACAAGGCAAUGAGCGAGGAAGGCGACGUGCUGCUGGCUUACGAGAUGAACGGCGAACCUCUUCCGGCGGACCACGGCUUCCCGCUGCGAGUGGUGGUUCCCGGAACGGUGGGCGCCCGGAACGUCAAGUGGCUGUCCAAGAUCACGGUGAGCGCGGAGGAGAGCAGCAGCCACUGGCAGCAGAACGACUACAAGGGCUUCUCGCCCGCCACCGACUGGGACACAGUCAACUUUAAGUCGGCUCCGGCCAUCCAAGAGCUGCCCGUCCAGUCGGCCAUCACCGCGCCCGCGAAUGGCGCGGUGGUCUCCCGCGGCGACGAAGAGGUGACUGUGAAGGGCUACGCGUGGAGCGGCGGAGGACGGGAAGUGGUGCGCGUGGACGUGUCGCUGGACGGAGGGAAGACGUGGCAGGUCGCCCAGCUGAGGAACAGCGACAGGGGCCGACUUCCGGAACCUUCGCCCCCGCCAGGGAGAGCCUGGGCCUGGAAGCUGUGGGAGCUCACGGCCCCUCUCCCCCCGGAGGCCCAGCAGCUGGAGAUAGUCUGCAAGGCCGUGGACAACAGCUACAACAUGCAGCCCGACACGGUUGCUCCCAUCUGGAACCUGAGAGGGGUGUUGAGUAACGCCUGGCACAGGGUGAAGGUGACUAUCAGUGACGAUAAAGAAUAGACUUCAGAAGACUGUUGUUUGAUGCCCAAUGAUGACGACCUGGGUGUGUACCUCCCUCAAACAACGUGCAUAACUUUUUGAGUCUGUGACUGUGCCAACUUGAUAUGAUCGUGCAGACAUGUUGUCUGUGGAAUUUGGAAGUUUUAACAAAGGUAAGCCGUUUUAGCAUUUAGUCAACAUCUUUGAUGUCCACCUUAACUUCCAUGUACUAGUACGCUCUUUGUCCGCACUAGUGAACCAGCGUGGCUUAGGUGGUAGAGUGUCUUACUAGUGAGGAGGACAAGAGUCCUAGUGAGGAGGACAAAGAGUACCGGCACACGGAGCUAAAAAUGGAUCUCAAUCAGUACAGUAUAAAUGCUCAAACAGCUUUCCAAAAGUCCGUCACACUUUGGUCUUGAGUGCAAGUGGUCAAUUGUAAAAUUUGUAUUCGUAGCAAUAAUGAUCUAUUUUUUUUUUGUCUUACUGAAGCUUUGCUAACUCCUUGAAUUAAAAAAAAAAAGUGUUAACUAAUGAUGUGAUUUGAGAGCUAAUUUAUUUUAAUGAAAGACUAAACUGUUGCGUAAAGCAUGGCUUCGCUGUCAUUUUGGCUCUGGUCUUGCCAGCUGAAAUGAUCAUGUGUCGAUAAGAAGAGAACACAGCGAUGAUAUUAAUUAAGGAGAUGUCCAUUAUUGUAUCAAAAAUCAUAGGAAUAUUAAACAUCGAUAGUUGCUCCCUUUUUAAAGUUGGAAUUAUUUCAAAGAAUCAUGGAUUAUCGAAACAUUGAUCAGUGAAAGAUUCUGACUGUGGAUUGAUUACCAGUCAAAUCAACACUGGAAUAUAUACAGCAGCUAUAUUUUGAUGGGAAAUGUUCAUUAUCA